GCUGUUAUAGGAAAGUAAUCAACUUCAGAGUUGUGACAUUAACUCACCAUUACGUCGCUGAUUAUUUUCCUAUUGCAGAAUACCCUCAUGUGUGUUAUUCCUUACCUGUGCUUUCAGCUACUGUAACCUUGCCUACACAUUGGUUGUGAAAUUAUAGCAAGAUGUACUUCACCCCUAAUUUUAUCACAGAGUAACAAACUCGCCCUUACAUUAAUGAAUCUGUCUCCAGUACAGCCGUCUAUAGGCCUCUCUCACUACCUCCACACUUCCCCUCUGUCUUUUUUCUCUCUCCCUCAGGUGUGUUGGGAUCACGUUGGGAUGAGAUGGGUGAUGGGCAGGUGGUGGGGGAGGGGUGCGGCCCCUACACCUUCUUUGACAGAUUUGUGCAGGCGUCGACAUGCAGGGAGACCCUGCGGGCGUUUCAGGAGCUCUGCUCUGAGCUCCACCUGCAGCCAGGAGACAAUCCACUCUUCUACAAGACCCUGAGGUCCAGACUGCACUACUGGAGAGCCAAAGCUCUGUGGGCCAAGCUGGACAAACGAGCCAGCCAGAAAGAGUACCAGAGAGGCCAUGCUUGUUCUAACACUACAUGUCUGAUAAUAGGCGCAGGACCGUGUGGGCUUCGCACGGCUAUCGAGUUGAGUUUUCUGGGCGCGAGGGUGGUGCUGGUGGAAAAGAGGGACACUUUCUCCCGGAACAACGUCCUCCAUCUGUGGCCUUGUACCAUCCAGGAUCUGCGUGGCCUCGGAGCCAAGAAGCUCUAUGGAAAGUUCUGUGCAGGGGCCAUCGAUCAUAUUAGUAUUCGUCAGCUGCAGCUCAUACUGCUGAAGGUGGCUCUGCUCCUGGGUGUGGAGGUUCAUGUGAAUGUGGAGUUCAGGAGUCUGAGGGAGCCUCCGGAGAACCAAGAGCACCAAAGUAAGAUCACAGCUAAUAAAUGUUUUGUUCUCGUUUCCAUUUUAGAGUUGAGCUGUACUGUUCAUGGAGAGUAAAUAUUUAAAUCAUCUUGACCUCUGAUUCCAUUCCCACGGCUUACAGAGUGGCUUUUUUUUUUUUUUUUUAAAUGUAGCUGGCAACCGGCUUCAGAACGUUUGGAUUUGAUUGACUAUUCACACUUCUGUGUGUACACACUUCCAUUCAUCAGUGAAUGAGCAAGAUAUAGUCACAUAUAAUUUUAAAAAAUGUUCACUGUAUCAUGUCGUGAAGCAGUGGCUCGUAAAUGUGGCUUUGUUGUUUGCACUUUUAGCCUCUUCCUGUGAAAUUAGGCUAUUACCUGGCCACAGUUAGUGAUGAUAAGUAUCAGACUCCCUAAUAAAAUCUAGAAGCCUGACCUGUGAGAUUGCAUUACAUUGGCAAUUCCACCUACAUACAGUUUGUCACAGCAACAGUGUGCAACAUGGUUUCCUCAACUCGGUUACUUAACCAUAUUUAAUGCAACGAAGCUGUUGUGAAGCUUAAUUCCACAGUUAUUCACUGAGAUUUUACAUUUACAUCACCCAGUGUCUUCUCCGUCCUUCCGCUUUCAUGGCACACUCUUAGCUUGGGCUGUCUUCUCACUCUCAGAUGUCCUGCCCAAAGACCAACUGAUGUCUGUCUCUACAGUAUCUACAAAGUUACUUGUAAAUAACCAGUAUGAGACUGAAAAAGGAUUUGUACAGAAAACAUACCACACUGAAAAGCAAAAGCUUCAUUGCACUGUUCUUAUGUUGAUUGAUCUCUUCUUAUGUUCUUUGAUCUCUUUUUUUUAAAAUGCUGACUUUAUGUUGGAACGGAAUAUAAUUCAUGUCCUAUCACUGCAUUUCACUUUCAUCAGUGUGGUGAAGUCGUGCUACGCUG